CGGUGGGGAAUCACGGCUCGGAGAUACCGGCUAAACACAAAGGAACCAAACAAGCUAUCACCUACCAACCCCAGUCAUGGCUGGCAGAGAUAAACAAGAUUUAAUUCUGCUGAUAGUGUGCCUGUUGCUUGCUGGGCGUUCCCUUGUCACGGCUGAUGCGUACGUUGAUUCGUCUGUGGCCGAAGCUGUCGGGGGAUUGCUGAACCUUAUCGGGACACCGCUGAAGCUGACCGCCUUUGUUGCAUGCUGGAAUGAAGGUGAGAAGUUUGCGUUCGCUAGGAUUGGGCUCUACAGUGGUCGUCACUUUCUGCAGUACGUUGAACCGAACGGUAAACGGUCCCCAGACGGAAAGGAUAAUUACCUGAACGGGCUGCUAGAUGAGGACGUCGAAAGUCACCAGACGAUGGUUGUGCUGGACCUACGCUGUAAUGGAUCGGAACAAACUCUAGCUAAUGCAGGGCAGCGCCUCUACCUUAACUAUCGCUGGUUGCUGAUGGAUUCUACCGUCGGUGGGGAUCCUUCCUCCAUCGACCAUUAUCUUGAGGUUUUGAAAGAGCUGCCUGUGCUUGUAAGUAGUGAGGUGUUCGUGAUGCUUAAGGAGGACUUCGGCUCCAUUCGCUUCUUGCAAGUUUAUCGUGUGAGUCGAAAGACUGAGCUAAUAACGGAAAACUACGCCCUGUGGACUCGAUCAGCUGAUGGCGCUGGAGAUCGAGGACAGCAGAUGCAAGAUUUACGCACCCAGAAGGUUACCUCAGUCAGGCGUAAAAAUCUGCACGGACAUCAGCUGCGUGCCUCGAUGGUGGUCACCAAUCCGGACACGAUGAACCAUCUCACCGAUUAUAAAGAUAAACACAUUGACACUAUCACGAAGGUAAACUACAUCCUGACGAACUGUCUGGCGUCGUACCUGGGCGCUGGAGUGAACUAUUCCCGGGUCACUACCUGGGGCUACUACAACACCACCACAGGCAUGUGGGACGGGAUGAUCGGUGAGCUGGUGCACGAUGUGGCCGACCUGGGUGCUUCGCCACUGUUCUUCACCACCGACCGGAUUGCGGUGAUCGAGUACCUAGCGAUGACGUCCGAAACACGCUCCAAGUUUAUCUUCCGCUCACCGAAACUGUCCUACACGGAGAAUGUGUUUGUGUUGCCGUUUGAUAAUGUACGUUUCUCGAUCUCCGAAAUCGCACAUUGUAAUUUGUGUGUCUUCCUAUUGCAGAAAGUUUGGAUCUGUGUAAUAGGUGUCAUCGUAACGUCCUCGGUGCUGCUGCUCGUAACGCUUUGGGUCGAGUGGAGGAUAGCGCACGCAGAAUCGGAUCUACCACCGCUACCCGAUGCGUCAACGAUGAGCGCCAGCUUGCGGGACACACUGCUCAUGAUGUAUGGGGCCUCCUGUCAGCAGGGUUCCUCCGUACUGCCGCGUAGCUGUUCGUCCCGCACGAUCACCAUGCUUACCUUUACGGUGCUCAUGUUUCUGUACGCUAGCUACUCGGCCAACAUUGUGGCGCUGUUGCAGAGUCCUUCGACCAAGAUUCAAACGUUGGAAGAUUUGUUAGCCUCACGGUUGAAGUUUGGUGUGCAUGAUACCGUGUUCAAUCGCCAUUACUUUACGCACGCAACCGAACCGACACGGAAAGCGUUGUACGAGCAGAAGAUCAGGAGACCGUACGGGCCGGAUGCGUUCAUUGCGCUGGAGCAAGGUAUCGAUCGGAUACGGCACGGGCUGUACGCGUUCCACGUGGAGCAGGGCGUUGGGUAUAAGGUGAUCAGCGAGACGUACCAGGAGGAUGAGAAGUGUGGACUGCAGGAGAUACAGUACCUGCAGGUGAUCGAUCCGUACUAUGCGAUCCAGAAGAACUCGUCGUACAAGGAGAUGGUCAAGAUUGGAUUGUUUCGUCUGAACGAGCACGGCAUACAGUACCGGGAGAAUGCUAAGCUGUACACCAAAAAGCCAACCUGUACCGGAGGCGGUGGCAAGUUCGUACCGGUCAGCCUUGUCGAUGUGGAACCUGCCGUGUGGAUUAUACUCUGGGGUGGAGGCUUAGCAACCGGGUUCUUCCUGACCGAGCGCUUCUACUUUCGCUGGUUGCGUGGCAAGAUAUGGCGUAUGGUACGUGCUAGACUGAACCAGUAAGUCCAGACCAGCCAACGGUU